GCACCAGAACGGCCCGAUCGUUCCGAGACUGAGGCGGUCGGGCGCGGCGGCGUCAAGAUGGCGGCGGCGGUGGCGGCGGCCGCGGCCGCGGCGGCUGCGGCUGCAUCUCUUCAGGUGCUGGAGAUGGAAAGCAUGGAGACGGCCGCCGCUGGCUCGGCGGGCUUGGCCGCCGAGGUCAGGGGCAGCGGCACGGUGGACUUCGGGCCCGGGCCGGGCUUAUCUGCCAUGGAGGCGAGCGGGGGCGAUCCGGGCCCGGAGGCCGAGGAUUUCGAGUGCAGCUCGCACUGCUCGGAGCUGUCGUGGAGGCAGAACGAGCAGCGGCGCCAGGGCCUCUUCUGCGACAUCACUCUGUGCUUCGGCGGGGCUGGAGGCCGCGAGUUCCGGGCCCACCGCUCGGUGCUGGCCGCCGCCACCGAGUACUUCACGCCCCUGCUCUCGGGCCAGUUCUCCGAGUCCCGCUCGGGCCGGGUGGAGAUGCGCAAGUGGAGCUCGGAGCCUGGGCCCGAGCCCGACACGGUGGAAGCCGUUAUCGAAUACAUGUACACCGGGCGCAUCCGCGUCAGCACGGGCAGCGUGCACGAGGUGCUGGAGCUGGCGGACAGGUUCCUGUUAAUUCGGUUAAAAGAAUUUUGUGGAGAAUUUCUCAAGAAAAAACUUCAUCUUUCUAACUGUGUGGCCAUUCAUAGUUUAGCUCAUAUGUAUACUCUGACCCAACUUGCUCUGAAAGCUGCUGAUAUGAUACGGAGAAAUUUCCACAAAGUAAUUCAAGAUGAGGAAUUUUAUACUUUGCCUUUCCAUCUCAUUCGGGACUGGCUGUCAGACUUGGAAAUUACAGUGGAUUCUGAAGAGGUUCUCUUUGAAACUGUUUUGAAAUGGGUUCAGAGAAAUGCUGAAGAGAGGGAGAGAUACUUUGAAGAACUUUUUAAAUUGCUCAGAUUGUCCCAAAUGAAACCCACGUACCUUACUCGGCAUGUCAAACCAGAGAGGCUGGUAGCCAGCAAUGAAGUGUGUGUCAAAUUGGUGGCUGAUGCGGUGGAGAGGCAUGCCCUGAGGGCCGAGAAUAUACAGUCUGGCACUUUCCAGCACCCUGCUUCUCAUGUCUCAUUAUUACCUCGCUACGGACAAAACAUGGAUGUGAUCAUGGUUAUUGGAGGCGUGUCAGAAGGGGGGGACUAUUUAAGUGAAUGUGUGGGCUAUUUUGUUGAUGAGGACAGAUGGGUAAACCUGCCCCAUAUCCACAAUCACCUGGAUGGACAUGCUGUUGCAGUAACAGAAUCCUACGUGUAUGUUGCUGGGUCAAUGGAACCAGGGUUUGCUAAAACUGUGGAAAGGUAUAACCCAAAUCUGAAUACGUGGGAACAUGUUUGUAGUUUGAUGACAAGGAAACAUUCUUUUGGGUUAACAGAAGUCAAAGGGAAGCUCUAUAGCAUCGGAGGACAUGGCAACUUUAGUCCUGGCUUUAAAGAUGUAACUGUUUAUAAUCCUGAGCUUGAUAAAUGGCAUAACUUGGAAUCUGCACCAAAGAUUCUUCGAGAUGUCAAAGCACUAGCCAUUGAAGACCGGUUUGUGUACAUUGCCGCCCGCACUCCUGUGGACCGGGACACUGAGGACGGAUUAAAGGCCGUGAUUACUUGCUAUGAUACAGAGACUCGACAGUGGCAAGAUGUGGAAUCUUUGCCACUUAUUGACAAUUACUGCUUUUUUCAAAUGUCUGUGGUCAAUUCAAACUUUUAUCAGACUGCAUCAUGCUGUCCCAAGAGUUACUCGUUAGAAAAUGAGGAGGCGAUAAGAAAAAUCACCAGCCAAGUAUCCGAUGAGAUCCUUGAAAGCUUACCUCCGGAAGUGCUAAGUAUUGAGGGAGCAGCCAUUUGCUAUUACAAAGAUGACGUUUUCAUUAUUGGAGGCUGGAAAAACAGUGAUGAUAUUGAUAAACAGUACAGGAAAGAAGCCUACCGAUACUGUGCUGAGAGAAAGAGGUGGAUGCUCCUUCCUCCCAUGCCACAGCCCCGUUGUAGAGCCACUGCUUGCCACGUGAGAAUCCCCUACCGGUACCUGCAUGGCUCACAGAGAUACCCCAUGCCUCAAAACUUAAUGUGGCAGAAGGACCGAAUCAGACAGAUGCAAGAAAUCCAUCGGCACGCCCUAAGCAUGCGGCGAGUGCCCAGCUCCCAGAUUGAGUGCUGAAUUCUCCAGUGUGCGGAGCUUAGAACAGUUACACGUAUCCUUAAGGCUGAAGAUAUCCAGACUGUUACUUGAAAAAGUAUGUUGAUAACUUAUUUUCUACCUGAACUAAUUAUUGCCCCAUUAAAGGAAGUAUAGUUAGAAGCUGAAGAAUGGGAAUCUCAUUCAGUACAUGGUAAUUUUUACUAGCUUGCAGUCUUUAUCUGUCUUGGGUUUGUGUGUAUGUGGGAGAGGAAGAUCACACUAAAUAAGAUAGGUGGAAAACCCAGGUGUGGGUACACAGCUGUUUUCUGCCAAGAAGCUACAACUCCUUUGUCUUAGGGACUUCUGUUUUGAACAUGCUUUAAGCAUCCAUUUUAUUUGCACAUUUACUUUGACAUUUUUGUUUUUUCCUGAAUGGUUGAUUUCAGUAAGAUCAGAAUUUAAGUGUUAAGCCCUCAUUUGCAGGAGGUAUGUGCAAUAGUGAGACUGAAAUUAGGAAAAAGCACAAUAUUUCAGCAAGGUGACUUCAGAAUGUUUGCAUUGAUAUUGUGUUGUAUUUAUCUAGAAAUGCUAUUUUGUUUAUUUCUAGAAGAAAGGAUUGAUGAGACAUCUGUGACUGAGUGGUGCAUUUAUAAUAUAUUUUUCAUUUUUUUAGCAAAUUUUUGUUACAGAUUUCAAGCCAUCGCUGAAAUUACAGCGGUUGGCAAAAAUAUUGCUCUUUAGCUCAUUAAGAACAUGGGAAGUUAUAUUUGUGAAAUUUAUUGCUCAAGAAGAAAAGUAUUAUUAGUGUAGACUGAGAAAUCAAAGGCAUUAAGAAAAUUUAAAAACAUGUUUCAGGAGUUGCAGGCUUAUUUGAGAUAAAGUUAAUGAGCGUGAAUAAUGCCUAUGACAAUCGACACUAAUGCCUUUAAUUUGAAAUUGUGUUUAAUACAUAUUGUAUAUAAUGCUCAUCAUUCCUCUUAAAAGAAACUUUUUCAACGGGAAGCAAGUAAUUUAGAGAAAGAUGGCUAAAAAAAGAAGCCUUCUAUUUCUCAGCACUGAUUGUUUAUCCAGUUGCCCUGGGCUUUCAUUGGCACUUGCCUGAGCCUAUAUACCAAAUUUAGGUGCAUAAUUAUAGCUCUUAAAAACAUCACUGAAGUUAUCUUUUAUUUAUGUGUAUGUGUCCUUCUGGUUCUCUUACACGUCCCAGGCUUUAUAUAAAUCAGCACUCAGGUUGACUCGCUGGCUGGCAUUCGGUGAUCAUAAUGGGCUUCUGCUCUCAUGGUUUAUAGUGGGGUCCAGUAUGUUUUCCUUAUUCCUUUUCAGAAUGUCUUUACCAUCUUAGACAUUCCAGAAUACCGUGCUGGAUGUUGGAUUCCAAGUGCAGGGGUUUCUCCCUCUUCCCAAUCUAUUCUAGUUUAACAUCACCAGUAAAAAAGCACAACCAUGGAUCUUGAUCUGCUGCAGAGCUGUUAAUGGACUCAGUAUUCUAAGCGCCUCCCUGACAUGUCUAAAUUAGCAUCCCUGCUUGGGACAAAGCUUUUCAGUAAAUGUGUAGGAAUCUGCUUUAGACUGACAUGGGGGUCAGAGAACUGUGAGGCUAUUUCUAUGAGGAUAUGUUCUACCCCACUUCUGCCAUUUUCUCAAUUUCCUUUAUUUGUAGUUAUUUUAAUAUAAGCCAUUUGGACCCUAAUGCAUAGUUGUGAGAGUUCUGUAUAAGUACGAAAAGCUCACUGAAUGAAAUUCUUGUUUCUCUGAUAGACUGUGCUAGCAAACCUUUUCUUUGUGGUGGUGAAAACAUUUACUAUCUUACUAGGAUGCCAGUUUGUCUAGAAGAAUGUGAUGCAAGUAUUUUUUUUUUAGUCUCAGUUUUGCCAAGUUAUUUGUAGGGUUGUAUUUUUCACAUAAUGUGGCAGAAAUGAUAACGUUAAGAUUUAGGUGCAAUCUGGUUUUGAAAACGUGAUUGAAACUCUUUGUUUUUUAACUCAGCAGGCAGCCUAGGCCAUGGCUGAAAAGAAGGGUAAGUCCUUCCUUGCAUGAUGGUGUGUGCAGGCUUCCCUGACAGCCGGGUUCCUGGUGUUCAUAUUUGAAUUCACAUGUGUGAUUUCACAUCAAUAACUUGUGUUUCUGAAAUAUCCUAACUAACUUGUUAAUGAGGAAAGAAACCAGAUUUGCUUAAAUCUGUCCAAGGCUGACAUUCUGAACUGGAGAAAACUCCCCAGAGUACUUGGGAGGGGUCUGAUUAUGAUAACCGACCUAAAAUGGUUCUUUGGGAAAGGAAGUUCCUUUUCGAUGGAAACUUAGAUUAUGUUUGGUAAUUGAAGCCGUUAAAAAUACAGCUCUCAAAGCAGUUCAUUGUGUAUUCCUGCAAGCCUUUUUUUCUUUUUGUUACUUAGGUUUUGUGGGAGGAAUCAAUAAUACCAAAAAGUAAUGACUACAUUUAACUUUGAGUGAAGCUACUUAUUUAUCUUAGAAUGGCUAUCCUUUAACUACAGCUACCCUGUCAUAGUUUAAAAAAACAAAUCAGUGCUAUAUAUUGAGAAUGUCAGUCGUGAGCUUGGUGUUUAAGUACUACAUCUAUCUUACUUGCAGUUGUUUGCAUGAUUAAUUUUGUGUAUUUUGAGAUCCAACUUUGCUUUUGCUGUGCCAAUUCAAAAAUAAUUCUGCUAAAAAUAUCUUAAAAUUCAGUGCUAUCAGUACUAUUUUAAUCACUCAUUUGUGUGGUAUUUUGGGGACCAGAAAUUUUUUGAAAUACUGACUUUUAAGUGUUUAUGGAAAAACCUGUGUGCUUUUGUAUUUUAAACUGCUGCCAGAGCACACUUUUUUCAUUUUUAUGUUUCCUGACUAGUGUAGCAUGUGAUAUGUUUAAAUAUUUCAUUUUCUGCCUCAUAAUUCUAAUAUGAACACUAUACUAUAUAGUUAGACUGGUAAGCUAAAUUGUACAGUUAUUUGACCUAAUCAAGCAUAAUUAAAGGGACUUGUGUACUUUCCUUAAGUUAACUUUCAAUAAAAAGGGAUAUUGGCCACAUUUCACAUCUUGUGAAAGCACAGAGUCGGGAAGCAGAUUCUCUGCCCACCGUAAGUAGGGCGCCUGUGGGCGCCAUUUACCUGUAGAGUUUAAGGAACACCUCCGCUUCCCCUAGUGACUGUCAAACCUUUGGCACAGUUCAUCACUCCAGUUUGUUACUUUGUUAAGAAUAGUCCAUUUUUUUGUUGUUGUUGUUGUAAUGUUUGUGUUACAAUUGUUCUGGUCAUUGGAAACAAAACAGCUCAUAGUUCAGUGAUGUAAUACACUAACAGUAACAAUGUAGUAGUCCUUUCACUUCAAGGAGUUUAAUUAGGUAGCCAGAUAACUGCUCUUCGUUGGCUCCCUUUGUAGGGUUUUGUCUCACUCUCUAUGACCAUUAAUUACUAUGAUGUCUUACAGUGAAGCACAUGUAAUAGAGCACUUGUUUACUUAAUCCUCCUGCAUAAUGCACUGGUGAAAAGUAGUGCUUGCUAGAUGUUCGAAGAUCUUAUGAUACAUGUGCUAGGGCUCGUUGAGUUAUUUGUAAAAUAAAUAUUUAGUUCAAGUUGUUAGACAGUGAGUUUGUUUUGGUUGUCAAGAUCUAGGCCCCUGCUCUACUGAAAAAGUAUUCUUGGCCGUCUCCCUUUAAAUCAGAGGAGGUGUAGAACUUAGGACACCGAGACAUUGUACAGUAGCUUGUUUUAUGUUCCCAAGCUAUCUUGUUGUGUGUUAAAGCUACUAAUUGUCUCAGUGUAAGUUUGAAAUAAACAUAUUUCUUU